GCAUAUUUAUUCAAACAUUGCUGAUAACAUUUACUGAUAAAUAUCAGGGCCUUGAAACUCUCUAGGAUAUACCGUAUUUUUAUAGUCUGGAAGUAGUUACAGUCCUUAAAUUCCACUAUUUUUGUUUCUUAAAAAAAACAUCUAUUUGUAGAAAAGGAGGAUCUCAUUAGUUAUUGUGACAUUAAAUAAGUCUGACAGCAAAGAAAAUGUACUCUAGAAGUUUGCACCAUCGUACAUUAUUGAUGUUCAUUUACCAGAACUUGACAGGUUAAUCUGAUACACCUAAGAAUUAGUAUUUAAUAAAAAUAUUAUGAGGAAUAGCUGAUACAAGGCAAAGAACGAAGAGGUUCAGGUUAAUGUCUUCAGAACAGAUUAUAAUAGUGCUGCUUUAAGGUAAACUUAAGAGAUGAUGAGGACUGUUGUGGUUAUUUGGUAGGAGUUAGAAAAUGGUUGAAUAUAAAUGCCUUCUGAAAACAUAAGCUUGAAACACGCACAAGAAAAAGCAGUUGUAUGACCUUAAAAAUGAAUUUGCAAGUUUGACGUUUUCUCCUUUCUUUAGAAAUAUCAAAAACUGUCUUUACAGGAAUAUUCACCAGCGUUGUAGACCAAAGUAGCCUGAUGUGUUUAGCUGUGAAGAUGCAAGAUGUAAGCUACUGGGGUAGAAUCUCUGCUUCCUUGAUGCUGAGACUGAGUGAGAGGAAAGGUGGUAAUGUAGGUGGGGAGUAUACAUGUAAGGUGCUAUUUGUAAUCCUGUAGUGGUAUAAGGUGCCUUUAUGAAGUCACUUACUGAAGACUUUGACUAAUAUGUUGUGCAUAUCACCUAUUUCAUUUUUAUCAGAUUUAUUUAUUCCUAAUAAAUUUUCUCAAAGGCACAAAUAAUUGUAGUAAUACUGUUUUUAUAUGUGAAUUUAUUUCAUGCAGGUGAUCCUGUACAGGUGGAUACAUCUUAUUUUAAAGAACGUACUGCACUUGAGACUGCUAAAAGGGCACAGCCUAAUGGCUACUCUCCUACAAGUCUGUUACUGUGGUAAGGGCUUAGUCUGAAUUGUAUUUUGUUUUAGUCUUAUGGCCAUAUAAAAAAUAAGUUGAGGAAACAAAAGCAUAUGAUAGAAAGUGAUAAAGAUCUUGAAAUAUUUUAGAGAAGAAUUUUACUCACAAAAGAAGCUUCAAAUUUCUUCAACACUCAAAGACCUGGUAAAAGGAAAGAUAAAAUUCAUUUUGGCUUAACUCUAAUUAUUUGUCUCUUUCAAGAGGGCAGAGCUUAUAUUUAUAUUUUAAAAAUUAAUUAAUUAAAAAUACUGGGGGUAUUGAACCUCAACCAAAACUGAAAGAAGCAAUACCUAUACCAAAGAGGUCAUUUUUACUUUUGCAUAACUUUCUCCUUUGCUUCUAACACAUCCCCCCUCAAACACAAAAAAUGUGCCCUUGAAGAUUAAAAACUAUAGCAGUUACUGUCUGUUAAAAUAGGAAUGGGUGUUCAUGUUUUAGUUUUUUAUUUUUCAUUGUUACUGUUGUGGUUUACUUUCCAUUAUGAAGUUUUGUGUGGUAAUGAUAGAAUUUGAAUCAAGCUGAUAAUGACUAAAAACGUUUUCUACUGUGACCAAAUGAGUGCUAUUUUUUAAGUUUUGUCUUCAUAUUUUAUAUCCUUACAGUGCAGUCCAGGUUGGAACAAGUCAGUUUUAUGACUUCUGUUUCAACCAGUAUCUUUAUGAUAAUUGCUGCCUCUCUCUUUCUGUCUGAGUGAAGAAAAAGGUAUUAAACAUAAAAAAUAAUAACAAAGUUAAAAUAGUCUGAAUAGUCUGUCAUUUGACUUCUAAUACUUGUUUACUGUGACAGUUGUUCGCCUUUUAUCUUCUCCAAUGUCUCUUUGAAGAAAUAGAAUGUUAAAAAUGUUUUAUGAUUGGAAGCAUGUAAAAGGGAGUGGUGAGCAAUAACCCCUCUGCAUACCAUGAUAAAAAUUACUCUUCUGCCUGGUCUUUGACAAUUUACAUGGGAAUUCUUCAUCAUGAGCAAAAGCAAUGAAUAAAAUACUUAAUUAUGUAACACUUCUUCUAGUUUAAUUAAUCACUGUUACUGAUUAAUAGCAGUUGUGCAGUACUAAGUAUUUUCUGAAGCUCAGUUAUCUUGCAGAUAAACACUGAAAGAAUAAAAAAAAAUGCCCAAAGUAACUUACUUGUAGUUUUCAUUAUGAAGUACAAUGAAUUUGUUUUUAUUCACUGCUAUUAACUUUUAUUGAUCUUAUAAGCAGUUUAUGGGAGUCCAGUCAUGUUCUGCAAACUAGGAAGACAUUAAGAAUGGUAAAUGCCGGGGGUGUUGCAGAAGUGCCUCAUGUGAUACCUUCUAUUCUCAGCAUAGGCUAAAAUUAGAACUAGAGUGACAUUGCACUGGAGUCUGAGUGAGAGUUCCAAAUGGUUUUGAUAGUACAAGCAAAAUUUGUACCUUACCUAGGCUCUUGCACAGAAAGCAAUGAGUCAUGGAAAAUCUUUGAAAGCCAAAUAUUUGAGGUAAGUUGUUCCAAACUCUCUCAGGUGCUUGGAGGUGAUUUUGGGGGGAAUUACAUGGUAGUAAUUUGAGUAAUUUGUGUUUAUUUUAUAGCCACCUUUGGGAAUUCACUUCUUAAUUGUCAGUGGCAAUGUGAUUGUUAUGUUCUUAUUGUUUGUCAAGAAAAUAUCAAGAAGAUUUGGCAGUAACCCUGGUAUUAUAUAAUUAAAUAUCCUUGAAGGUAGAAUCAUAUACUUAGGACCUUCCGUACUUCAUGGUUCUAAAGCAGUGUUUUAGAAUUGAAUUAUAUGCUGUCCACUUUUUGCUGGGUGUAAGCUUUCACUAAGAAUAAGUAAUGAUUGUGUGGUCUGAGAUUGGCUUUAGCAGUGCAUGUAUGAACGAAUUUGUAGAGAUUGGAACCUUAAUGUAUCUUUUCUGUACAACAUACUCAAAAGAUUUGUAGUUUUCUAUCUGAAAAUGUCUGAACAACAGGUAUGAUUGAUCAGGUAAAUCACUUUUUCUCGAUAGAAGACUAAUUCUGAAAAUAAGACAUUUUAAAUUGCAGCUGCUAAUUGGAGCAAAAAGGCUCAUAUGGUGUUUUAGUCACUAGUGUUGCAUGCUGGGAUGAGGAAUGGAAAGGUAUUUACUAGGAGUACCACUGAAAAAGAAGUUAGUCUUUCAAAGUACAGCAAUUAAUUGUAAUCAUAUUGAUGCAGGGAAGGGAAAUAUGAAAAAAUCUUCUAGUUACAGAGAAGAAAGGAUUGAAUCCCUAAAAAGGGAUUGAAUUCCCAAUUGAGUGCCAGACAGCAUUGUGCCACAUUGUGGGAUGCCUUUUGUAUCACCUGUCAAAUCCUGCCACUCUUCCUUAACAAGUAAAGAACGGUUAAGAAUUCUUAGUAUAGAAGUAUUGGACCAGAUUCUCUCUCCCUCUCUCUCUCUUUUUUUUUUUUUUUCCUUUGGGAGGGGUGUGGGGGAUCAAGCUUUAUAAGAUGGUUUCAUGCUGUCUUUAAAACAGGAAUCAAUCUUGACAAUUUAAAAUUAGUGUUUGCUUGGCUGUACCUUUUAAAUUGAUUUCAAUACAAUCAGACUUCACAAACAACCGUGUUAGCGAAAGACAUGAUAAACAUAAAAUGGCAGUAGAAUGUUUUUUUGGAGGGUGUACUUAUUGGGAUAACAGAGUGUCUUUGCUGCUCUUCAGAAAAUUAUGUAUUAAUUAUCUCCCUAAGGAAAAGAUGAUUUCAAAACAUUAGCCUGAUUUGAUUUGGAUCUUGACACUCGGGAGGUCUACAAGAUGGCGAAAGAGAUGUGAAGAGUAUGAGAAGUCUUUUUUAAAAAGUUUUCAUGUCACUGCCCCCAUGCGGUAGGUGAUACAAGCACUAAGGCGCUGAAAUUCACAGUUGGAGUCCUGUGAUUGAACCUGAACAUGUAAGAAUCAUGACUGAAACUGCUGUUUGCAUUGGAUCAUUCACUGCUGUGAAGACACUUUGGGAAGUGAGAAUACAGAAGAUAAAUGAAGAAUUACGGAAAGAAAAGGAAUUCAGAGAGAGGUCUGCAGGAAGGUUACUGCUUGUCUGGGAGGAGAGAACCACUUUAGCAAAACUCAAAGAGAAAGUAGUUAAUGAAGAUGGAAGAGCAGUUUUAAGGAUAGAGGAAGAAGAAUGGAAGACAUUACCUUCCUGCUUAUUGAAAUUAGUCCAUCUCCAAGAAUGGCAGCUUCAUAGAACUAGCUUGCAGAAAAUUCCUCAGUUUGUUGGAAGAUUUCACAAUCUUGUUGUUCUCGAUCUAUCCCGGAAUUCAAUAGAAAGCAUACCUAAAGAAAUUGGCCAGCUGACUGGCCUCCAAGAGCUGCUUCUCAGUUACAAUAGAAUAAAGUCUGUUCCUAAGGAAAUAAGUAAUUGCAUCAGUCUGGAAAGAUUGGAACUGGCUGUCAACAGGAAUAUCAGUGAUCUUCCUCUGCAGCUAAGUGAUUUAAAGAAGCUUUCACACAUAGAUUUGUGUAUGAAUCAGUUCACCACCAUCCCUUCAGCUCUUCUGAACAUGCCAAAUUUAGAAUGGUUAGAUAUGGGAGGAAAUCGACUCCAGAAGCUUCCUGAUGCUAUUGACAGAAUGGAGAAUCUCCAUACUUUGUGGCUUCAAAGGAAUGAAAUUAACUCUUUGCCAGAAACCAUUGUUAAUAUGAAAAAUCUUAGUACUCUUGUUCUUAGCAACAACAAACUUAAGGAUAUUCCUUCUUGUAUGACACACAUGACAAAUCUGAGAUUUGUCAACUUCAGAGACAACCCACUGGAGUUAGAGAUAACACUCCCUCCAUGUGAGAAUACAGAAGAAGAGGAGCAACAGGAAAUGUUCGGCAUUGAAUUCAUGCACAUGUAUAUCCAGGAGUCACUGAAGAAAACAGGAAAUGUGGAAAGCUGCACUUCUGAUGCUUCUCCUAUCAUAACUGCUAAUGAUGAAGGAACCUAACUGUAAGUAGAAACUAUCAAAAGAUGCUUCUUCCUAACAAUACGGCUU